AUGGCUGAAGCUCACUCAGAAACUGGGGUCCUUGAAUCUUUUUCGCCAAGGAGAGGAAGGUAUUUUUUCAUCCAAUUCAUCGUCCUAUUUUUCCUUUUCUUCGGAGUGAGUAGUUGUUAUCAUUUCUACAGCGAGGCUAAGAGGCAAGCAGGUGAAACAGAUCCAUCUUUACACUUGAUCAGGAAUUCUAUCUUUGGGUUCUUAUUGUCAGCUGGAAUGCUUACUGCAUAUGCUUUAAUGUACCGGUGGUACCAGCGUUGA